AUGGAAUGGGAGCGACCGACAUCAGUAACAGAGAUAAGAAGUUUUCUGGGUUUAGCUGGUUAUUAUCGGGGGUUCAUCAAAGGUUUCUCACAAAUAGCUUUGCCGAUGAUGAAGUUAACCCAUAAAGAUGCGCAAUUCGUUUGGACGUCUAAGUGCGAAGAAAGCUUUCAAGCUUUGAAGCAGAAGUUGACUACAGCACCUAUGUUCGUGUUACCCGAACCAAAUGAACUAUUUGAGGUGUAUUGUGACACUUCAUUGAAGGGUCUGGGGUGUGUACUGAUGCAACACCAGAAUGUUGUGGUGUAUGCUUCAUGA